CUUUGCGCUUCACGCCCUCACUAUGGACGCGCCGCUGAAUCCUCCUGUGCGCAUACAGCCUCUUACCAGCAGGCCGAUCACAACGAAAGCCGCGCAAAAGCGGCUCGACCUCUUCCUGAACGACUUCCAGGCACGCACCUCCGCGGCGCAGAGCGGGCAUACGGCCAUGACAGUGCAGGUGGAAAAGCUCAAGACCGCUCUCAAGGAGGAGAGGGAGGCGAUCAAGGAGCUGUCCAAAUAGUGAACUCAAUGGCCGCCGACAAAUCGUGCGACUCGGCGCUUGUCGACGUCGUGAUUCCGGCUGUCUGAUCAAGCGGUGGAAGACGACGAAAUCGCUUUUUGCGACAGCUUGGGUUUUGAACAGUCGACCCGCCGACAACCAUUGCGGGGAUCAGGAUACGAUACCUGUCGCCAGUGCAAUCUCAGGGAUCCCUCCGGAUUGCUGUACCAUACAUACUGUCUGCGCUGGAAACAAUCAAUUUCGCUGGUUCAUCUCCGAUUCAUUUGUAAUGCACGUCAUCUGCAUAGCAUGCACUGGCGACAGUGAUGCUGAGUUCCGUGCAUUGACGACUGUUAAAUGGCAGCAUAUGUACAAUUUGAAUGGUUUAGACUGUUUA